AUGUGUCUCCGCCCGAAUGCGUUCUGUCCGACCGCGGAUCCGUUGGAGGACCAAUCUGGGGUGCAAGACACAGCUCCGCUUGGAGAUGACAUCGAGCACGAAUUGAUGCUGGACUUCCUCAACCACCUCGACAGUCCCUCGCGAACGCAGACGAAUGUGAACUUUGAGACUCAGAACGGCAUGACACCCCUGAUCAUGGCGUGUGUGUUGAAUCUCCACGUGGACCGCCUCUUGGCCGAGCCCAGCCUGGAUCUCAACUACAAGAACGCGUUCAGCUACAGUGCGCUCAUGGCCGCAUGCGAAGCCAACCAAGUGGAGGUCGUCAAGACACUGCUGACGCAGCCCACGAUCGACCGCAGCGACAUCAACGCAGGAUUCUGCCUCGCUUGCAAGGGGGGCUACGCGGAGCUAGUGACGUUCCUGCUCACGUGUCACGCCGACCUGGACUUGAGCUUUGGUAUGGCGAUGGAAGAUGAGUUGGAGCUCAUCUCUGGCUUCGACCAAGCGAUUCUCAACGAUCACAUGGACGUGGUCUCGGCCGUGCUCGCGCAUCUUGCCACGACCCUCGAAGAAGACAAUCUAGACAUCCGAGUGGGCGGCUUCACCACGGCGUGUCGCGCAGAUAAAAAAGACAUGGUGGCGCUGCUCGUGGCCAGUGGCAUCCCCGUCGAGGACCUCAACUACGGCUUUUCCGAAGCCUGCUUGCAUGGCCACUUGGACGUGGUGCGGUACUUGGUGGAAUCGACCGAUGUGGACGUCAACUAUGGCGUCCACGACGACAUCGACAUGUUUCCGCACGGUGUGUCGUCGUUCUACUUGGCGUGCCAGAGCGACCACGCCGAAGUCGUCCGGUUCCUUCUGUCGCUGCCGCAAUUGGACCCCCGUCAGCUGUGCAACGCACUUUGUGCUGCACAAGACAUGGACAUUGUCGAGAUGGUGCUGGCCCAUCCCCACUUUAACAUCAACAGCGACGUGGGCGAAUUGCCGCCGCUGACGAUUGCGUGCGUGGACCGACAGCUGGAAAAGCUCGCGCGGCUGCUCGCGGUGCCGUCGAUCGACGUGAAUUUUAAGCACAACGGUUUGUUUUUGGCGUGUCAGACUGGGCAUGCCACGAUCGUGCGAUAUCUGUUGCAGACAUCCCCCCAUCCAGUCAAUGUAAAUGCGCUGAUGUCGAUUUCAGAAGAUCAGGAGGCUGUCACGUGUCUGGUGGUGGCGUGCGGCCACAAUCGCGAGGAUGUUGUAAGAGUCCUCCUCGAGCACCCAGCCAUUCAAGUGAAUGCUGUCCCAGGGAUGCCUUACGUGCCGUUGGUGCAAGCGUGUGCGUUUGGGCACUUUGAAGUCGUCAAGCUCUUGCUAGGACAUCCGAGCGUCGACGUACACUGCAAAAAUGCGGCGGGGACGACGGCCAUGUCGGCGGCGACUGCUGGUAAACACGUGACUGUCCAAGCUAUUCUAAGGCAGCACCAGAAGCCAUCCGUCGCGAGGGAGCCGGCGCUGAAACGACCAAAGCCCAACAGCCCCAUGCAUUCGACCAAGGCGGCGUAGCUGAUCCAACCACCUUGAAUACUCUACUAGGAAUGCAAAGCAGACGGAGAUGAUAAUAUGGGGGUGAUAGCCACGAGCGAGUUGGGAGCUAGCUACUAGAUGGAUUAGAAC